AUGAUACGCGCCUAUGCAAGGCUACGACGGCGCACCUUCGACUUUUGCGAACCCAAAGUUUUUCCUCGCAAGCUGCCAGAUAAAACUUUGAGUCAGAGAGCUCAAAGGCACAAGCUCGCUCCCCGCGCGACCACCGCCCAGCAAAGGCGGCUUCAAGCCGGCAUUCACGCCCUCGAGCGUGCAAAAGAACCAAAAUUCCGCCGCGCCGACCACAUACUCGUCGUAUCCGCACCGAGCCGCCCCCGGCGCGCAGCCUCACAGACAGGUGCCGCCGCGCAGAGCUACGGACAGCAGGCCUAUGGCCAGCCAGGCUACGCCGCCAGCGCCGCACCGCAGAUCAGAAAUCCGUUCCCGCAACCCGGAACCGCAGCCGCCGCCGCCGCCGCGACGGCUGGACCCGGCGGCGCCGAGUACGACGCCGAGAUGGCCGCGCAGAUUGCGCAGUGGCAGAGCGCGUACCUGCCUCGCGACCCCGACGCUAGAGACGCCAGGGGCAACCCGAUCGAGCCGCCCAAGGCCCCCGAGAUCUCGGUCGCGCAGGCCAACCCCGACAAGACGGUCGUGCGUCAGGGCGGCGGCAAGAAGUGGACGGACGAAACGCUCCUCGAGUGGGACCCCUCGCACCUGCGCCUCUUCGUGGGCAACCUCGGCGGCGAGACGACCGACGACGCGCUGCUCAAGGCCUUUGCGAGGUGGCCGUCGGUGCAAAAGGCGCGCGUCAUCCGCGACAAGCGCACCAGCAAGUCCAAGGGCUACGGCUUCGUCAGCUUCAGCGACGCCGACGACUUUUUCCAGGCCGCCAAGGAGAUGAACAACAAGUACAUCCAGAAUCGCCCCGUCACGGUGCGCAAGGCGAACACGGAGAUCAAGGUCUCCAACGUCAAGGACAAGAACAACCGCAACAACAGGAACAAGAAUAAGAGCGGCUCGGGCGGCCACGGCCAUGGCCAGCAGGGAUACGACGCAAGCUUGGGUCCCAAGUCGGCUGCUGGUGUCGUCAAGCCCGGUCAAAAGACCAAGAACGGUCUUCGACUUCUCGGAUGA